AUGGCAGACGAACUUUCUUUACCACGAUUGAUAAGAGAUAAUACAAAUUCUACUUCUACGUUCACAAAAACAAACUUGUCGCGAAAACGCGUCCACGAUACUCCCCCUCCUGAUUCAAGCGAUCCUCCAGUAUUCUCUAGCGACGAUGACCCCUCAGUAGAAAAAUACUCACAGAAGAGGACACGACGGAAGCAGAAAUUUAGAGGACCUUGGUUUGAUCAACAGCUAGCUUCCGAUUCGGCCUUUGAGGAUGAGCCUUUGGACCGCAAAGUCCCCAUAAGAAACAAGAGAACACUGAAUAAGAAAGUUGACAGCGGGGUGUUCAUGGGUAGUGAUGGUACGGAUAUAGAAGAUUUAGUCAUGGAGAAUGGAAAGAAGGCAUGGCCAAUUCCUGCGCCAUCACCUCUCAAGUCAAGAAUUGUAGUCGAUACUCCUAGAGACAUUCAUGCACAAAAAAGGAUUGAAAAAUGCCUUGAAGAUGGAGAAGAAUACGUUGAUCUAUCUCGUAUGGGUCUUGAUCACCUUGAAAAUUCCACAAUACGCCCCUUAGGAACUUUCGUUAAAACCGCAGGCGGUUAUGCCGUCGAACCUCAUCUGAGGAUAAUCCUUUCAGCCAAUGAGCUAGUCAAGCUUCCCGCCGAGUUAUUCAACCUAAAUCGUUUAUCUACCCUCAGUUUACGAGGCAAUAAUUUGGAGGAAAUACCACCCAGUAUCGGAAACUUGAAAAGAUUAGAAGAUUUAAACAUUGCCCAAAACAACCUGGGAUAUCUCCCUUUUGAAAUUCUUGACCUUCUUGUCGGUGGACUUAACUCGAUGCCGAUCGAUUUCAACACACAGCCAUUAUCUGAAAGUGGCAGGACUGCAAGAUUAUAUGAUUUCCAGCUACAUCCAAAUCCAUUCUACCUCCCAAUGGCAAGACCCGAGAGUACUGAGAACGGCGCACCACAUUUUGAGAUUGAUCUACAGCGCCAAUCACCAUUAAUAUCCCCAUUAUUUCCCACUGCAGAAGAUACGAUAUCUCUACCUCUGAAUCGUGAUACACCCGGUCAUAUAUUUCACCAGUGGCAUCAAGGCACUCUACCUCGCCCAAGCACACCAAUCUCGGGUGGCGAGAAGUGUUCCUUGUCAUAUCAAUGUAGGACAGAAGUCAGAUUCCUUGACGCUUUUGGACAGCUUAUAAAAGGGCCUAUGUUCCCUUCUGAUCCUCGAUGGAAUGACAUGGGAAGGCAUAUCCAACUGCCCAUUGCAAGCCUGGGUGAUAUUCCGCAGCCCCCUGCGGUACAGUCUCGCGUCCAAAGUCUAGUAGAGAAAGCUUUACAGGCAUGUAUUCGUCAUCCUGAACUCACACGUCUCGAAUCUCACAUGGAAUACAUUCCGCCUCGCAUUCCAUCAGUACUCCGAAGAGCAGAAAACGUCCAUUAUUCCGGGCCAACCUUAUGUACUAUUUGUGGCACCAGGUUUGUAGUUCCUCGCACGGAAUGGAUAGAAUGGUGGGAGAUUGAGAAGGUAUCCAAGAGAGAUCGUAUGAACGCGGUUUCAAUGAAUGGUCCUACACCCGGACGUGUAGUUAAUGAGAGGGAUAUUGUCGAAAAAUUGGUACCUUUGAUGCGGAAAGGCUGCAGUUGGUUAUGUUUGCCACCAUUAUUUCUUGAUGGGUUAAAUCAUCAGCCUUCCGCUGCUGGUAAAGACGAUGCCAAAAUCGCCAUGAACAUAGACACCAAUGUUUAA